AUGAAUGGCGCCGACAGCCACUUCGGUGGAAAGCGGAUUCCUGGGGUGGCAGUGUCGGGGGUCUGGGGGAACAUGGGCUUGAGUGGGGGUUGCCUCAGAAAGAGCAAGACGGCGGAUGUUUCUCUCUUGGUGUGACCGGUGGCAAUAUCGAUCAGCAAUGAAUGCCGCACAGACUUUUGCGCGCCGAAAUAUGCGUGCGACAGCUUUAACCUAACCACUUCGGUGGAAAGCGGAUUUCUGUUCAAUACGGUGUCAGGGGUACCAGGGAAGACGGGGCCGAGUUUUGUUUGAUUUCGGGUGGAUGAGGUUGGGGUUUUGUUCGUUUUUCUCCAUCAUCUAUCUAAGGUUCGUGCCUAGAGUUCAGCUGUAGUGUUUCGACAAAAGUUUUGUUGACUUAGAGGCAAACAUGCCUAGCUAUUAUUGGGCACCGAGUUAAUUUGGCUUGGCAUGACGGCCUUUACGAUCGACUUUUUAUGUAUGCCGGCAAUUAUCUGCAAUUGUCGGAGGGCAAACAAAAUAAUAAUAA